AGUUCCCCCCGAUUACGAUUCUCUUUUUUUUCAGAUCACAAAACCAUCCAGAACCACCUACCCGUACCCCCACUACGCAUCAGAACAUCAGGCCCAACAUCUCUAACAAUUUUCGUAGAACCGAGCACAUCAAUAUUGCGAACUGUUUAUGGAUUUUUACCUUUUUUCGUUUAUGAAAUCCGAAUCCCCAUGAUAGCAUGAAUUCCGGGGAGGUGGAAAGCCCAGGGAACCGGGCGAGUACCCACUCGGUGGUCUCUUCGGCAAGCAGCCAGGGCGGGGAGAACGCAAGAAGGAGCAUUCUGAAAAGCUCCUCUUCCCCGACUGCAGGCAAACAGAUCGGAACAGUGCUGCCACCAGUGGUCCCCGCUGAUACGAGGCCAUCACUGGGCAGACGGGACUCCAGAGGGAUUCCCAUCACGGAGAAGAAAAACCACGCUAUCGGCUUUCACGAGUCCGCUACGGGGGAAGUGGUGGCAGACGUAAUCGAGGUAGAGGAGUUCAAGACAACCAACACGACCGUGUCAGGCGGUUGCUGUGGCCUCUUUGCACGCGGUUGACAAUUGUAAACUACAUAUAGAUAGAUACAUAGUUUUUUUGAUAUAGAAGUACUUCGCAUAGUGCUGCGCUUUGUCUCUAGUCCUAAUACACAUAGUGCAUUCAUUCUUCAUCUCCGAUUUUGAAAAUUUUAUUUUGGGAAAAAACCUCUAUAACUCUAGUAGUCGUGUCACGUAAGAAGCAAAACUAUAACUAUGCCAUCUGCACCAACUCCGAACCGCUCGACCUCGCCGUCGGAGCGACGCCGGAGCGCGGCGGAGCACCGCGCGCGUAACCAUCGAAGAAGUGCGGCCCCUGCUGGCCAAAGCAUCUACUCCGCACACCUGCCCGUUGUUCUUGUGCAAAGUCCCUACAAUACGACCAAUCGCUCCCAAUACGGACCGCUCCUGUUUAACCCCGAAGAGGUUCACGAGCCUGUGGGCCGAGGUAGCACGGAUGAAGAGCAAGACCCGCCAUUCCCGGUGCGCACGCGCAGGCGCAGUCGCGGCUCCAUGCAGGCGCUGGGUGGUGUACAGCCAGCACCUGAGGAGGACUCGCAAUCUCCAGACGCGCCGCGCCGUGACUCCAUGCAGACGUUGGAAGGCCAGUCCGCACUGAUUCAAAUGUCUGGCAGCUCGGGGGAGGAAAAUCAAAAUGCGCACCGGAGCUCGCUGCUCGGAAUUGGGGACCAAGACCCACCUUUGGCUCGGUUGAACUCUUCGGACGAUGAAGGGAAGAAAAGUUCUUUCGUCGCAAGUACGCCGGAGCAAGGAAUGGAUAGUGAUAUUCCUGUUCCGUCACCCGGUGCUACGCAGACUGGCAUACUGGCGGGCGAGGAAGUGUCCAGCCCUGCAGCGGGGAAAAGAAGCUCCAUGGCAGCUUUAGGGACUGGGGACGCGGAGCAGACGGGCGUCAUGAUGUCUAAUCCGGGCACUCCGGAAGAUGGCACGACUCCACGGCUAGCGGGGAACAAGUCGGCUGAACUGACGUUGACUGAAAGGUUGAAGCUACCACAACUUGCCUCGAUGGAUACUCUUGCGGGAAAUAAUAUCGAGGGAGCGAAUACACACACGCAAGACAUGAUUGCGGUAGCAUACACAGACCAAACGAUCGCUGCACCACCGACAGGUGCUGAAACGACUGUAGCGGCAUUGGAUAAACCGUCUGCUAUCACGACCGAAGAACAACCAGUCAUCUGGCAGCGACAGGGGCGACGUCGGGAAGAACCACAACCACAAAUAGUUGCAGAAGUAGCUGCUGCUCCAGCAGUUGUAACUGUCCAGCAACAUCAGGGCGAUGCAGCCAACAUUACGGUCGAGAAAGAGGGAGAGAACAACAAGAAGGAAGAACAGGUCGCUCAAAAAGUGGAACAAGGCAAACAAAUCGCAGCAGCCAUGGCUCCAAGUGGUCCAACUGUAACUUUGGCCGCUACCAUAUCUGCAGCCCAUGAUCAUCAAGAAACUUUCCUACAGCGCGAAGAUGACCUCGAAGUGGCGGAGGCGCAGCGUGACGAGUUACUUGCCGAGGCCGCGGCAGUGGAGGCGAAGGCGGAGAAUAAUGCCCUUGCCGUAGAGCAACAGCUGACGGCGCAGAAACGAGAGGUCGAGAAGAUGCGCGCGGAGGCAAAGCGGAUUUUGGCCGCGGCACAGGCGGAGAGGGACGAACUUCUCGCCAACGCCGAGGCCGAGGUGGCGCAUUUGCAGCUGAAGGCCGAGGAGCAGAAGCGGCACUUGGAUGCGCAGGAGGAGGAGCUAAAGCGCGUGGACGAGGACCGUGCGGCGGACAAGGAGAAAUUUGUGCAGGAAGCGAAAAAAGUCCUGGUUCAAGCGGAGAAGGAGCGGGAGAAGAUCCUGCAAGACGCUUGUUCCACGGCGGAAGACAUUCAGAACCUGUUCUUCGAGGCGGAUAUCGGCCAGGAAUUUUUGAACCUGUUGAAGGACUUGCGGCAACUGAGUCACAGUCUGGCCGCGGAACUCCCCGUGCUCGGGGUGGGCUUGACCGCGCACGAUCAAAUGAUUUCGCAGAACGCGAUUGCAACCUCGUCGAGCAGCAACUCUGAGGCGGAUGAAGUAGAUCAGGAGCAAAUGGGAGGCGUCACCUCGGACGAGGAGGUGGACCCAACUGCUGCGAAAAACCCCGCUAUUAGUAGAGAGGGAGACGCAGUCAUGAAAAACGCGCCGGAACAAGAGGAUCAGGAGCAAGACCAAUCUUCCACGAUUCCAAUUUUGACAAAAAUCGAAUCCGCGGAGCAAGCGGCCGAGCUGCUGCUCCCGAGCCGCACUGACUUGUCGAAAAUCUGCGAGCAAAUCGACCUGUUGCUGCUGCAAGCGCGGGAAAUCCAUACGGCGGGCGGGUUACAGAAGGUUUUAGCCAUUGUCGCGUCAAGCCAGAAGAUGUUCGAUGCGCAGAGAAAGGCGGAGCUCGAUCGAGCUAAGGAGGACGAAACUUCCACGGACGAAAGUGCGAGUGGACAUGUGACUGCUGCUGGUUUAUUUCCAGUUGCAAAAAGGCGGUCCACGAAUACGCAGAUGGAAGUUGAAGAGCGGGAACGGAAAAUUGCUCUUUUACAGGAGGAAAACGAGGACUUAAAGGACAAGUUGGAGCGACUAGCGCACGAACUAGCAGAAAAGGAGACGGAGUUGAAUGACCCACUGAGACUCGCGGACCGCCAGAAACGAGCUUCGCGGGGGAAAACUGGUUCUCGAUCUGGUGAUGCUGUUGUGCAGGCUGUACUACCAUCGGCCGCUGCCGUUGCUGACUGCGAUGCUGCUUCCGCCCUUGCUGCUCUCGAUCUCGCUCAGAAUGACGCCGGUGCUCCUGCAACGCAAACUGCGUCCGCCGAGGCUCUUGCUGCAAUUGAUGGAUCCUCUACUACCAAUGCAAAUGCUACAGCCGAGCAGCGAACUCAGUCCAUGCCAACGACAACAUGGCAACAAGACGGCGCUUACGUGCAGCUUCCAACAAUGACACUGACCGAGCUUGCUGCGAAGACUGCGGCGGUGUUUCAGAAAGAAGAGAAACUGCGCCAGAAGGAACGGCAGCUCGCCGAAAGAGCGCUCUCUCUGUCCGAAGAGGCGAAGCUGCUGGAGCAGGGCACGCAGGAGCUGGAACAGUUACAGGAGGAGUUGCACGUGCGGGAAGAGGCUCUGAUCGAAAGGGAGCAAGAGGGAAACAACCUGAUGGACGCGGUGUUGAACGAAGCGAAGGGAUUCGUGCCCCCCGACGCGCACCACGACGUGUCCGUGGAAGCGAAGCAACUGCGCGAAGAACUUGUGCAGGUGCAAAUCCUGCGCGCGAACGAGAAGGAGAUGGUGCUAGCCACCAAGCGGCACAUCGACCAAAAGUACGCAGCGCAGUUGGAGUUGCAGGUGGCGAAAAGCAAAAGUCGGGAUCUGGUGGACAAACUGACGGACGCGGACAUCGCGAAAUUGACGGCGCAAAAAGAGUUGGAAAGCGUGAGGGCGAUGCUGGACCAGACCGAAAAGAGCAAGAACGCGCUGGUGUCGGAGCUUCAACUCGUGGAGGAAAAGCUGGAGAUUGCGCAGUCUGCGGUGCAAAAUGCGCAAGCUGACAUCGAGAAGCUGCUGGCGGAAGUGAAGGAGCUUGAAACCGUGAAACAAACCCUGCAGGAAGAUUUGAGGCAAAGUCGAUCUGACCAAGCGGAGCAGGAACGAAAGAGAGCAGAAGUUGUGGAAGAAAAGUUGCUCGCGGAGCAAAAGUUGGAAGACUUGGAAAAACAGCACGGAAAAAUCCAGCAAGAGCAGGCGCAGCUAGUUGAGGCAAAGUUGUACCUGGAAAAAUUGCACGAAGAAAGAAAAAUGGAAAAGGAAGAGCUGGAAACGGAGUUGGGGCGUGUGAAGGAUGUCAUGAAAAACACGGAGGUAGCAGCCAUAGCCGACAGCGACGGGGAGAGAGCAAAAUUGAAGCAGCAGUUGGAAGAUUUGCGGGCGAAACACGCAAAAGCGCAGGAGGAGCUGGCCUUGCACGUGGAAGAGAAAAACCAGAAAAACGCCGACAUGCUGAACCACCUGGCGGACAUGCACGACUUGCACGCGGAGGCGCAGGGCAGUCUAGACACAGAGUUGCAGUCCAGCAAAGCGAACGAGGCGUUGCUGUUGCAGAAAAUUGCGGAUCUGGAAGCGGAAAAGAACGAUUUGCAACUGGCUCUGCACACCACACAGCUCGUGUCCUCCGGCGGCCGCGGGAUCGGUCGUGCGGCUGGCGACGCCGGUGGUGGUGAAGAUGUUGAAAGCCCACGACCGCCCGGUGCGACUGUGGCUGCACUGCCGCGUCACGCGAGCGAGGGAGAGGCGAGAGAGGAGGACUUUGGUACAGAAAACGCGUCCGGCGCUAUCGAUUUGCAAGAGGCUGUUGGUUCUCAGUUUCGUCUUCCGGCUGCGAAAGUGGUGGCAACGGACGGGGAGAAGGCUGCGCCGGUAGUCGGUCCGCUCGUGAUUGAGGAGGGGAUGCAGGACGAAAGUGGCGAAGAACAGGAAAUAGACGGAGGCCAACAUGUUGAGCAAGGGUCAGACUUAGAUCCGCUUCCGCCUAUGAAAGAAAUCGAUACACAAGAAGAAAGUGGACAAAAAGGAGCGCCCAAGGCUCCCUCGCAUGCGUCGCCGUUCCCGGCAGCCUCCGAUGCUGAGGAUCCAGAUUCCGCUGCUGGAAAAAGAGAACACGCACCUACUUCGAGUGACCAGGGCAUCUCUGCCCUUCCAGAGGAAAAUAAAAUCGACACAAUUUUGGACAACGCCGACACUGUCGCAGACAACGGAACCAACGACAAGAGUCAAGACAUCAGUGCGGACAACACGAUCGCGUUGGAUACAGAUACUACUAAAGUCCGGUCUCUCGUCAAAGACCACCACAUGCGGACCUCCCGCGUCGCCCUCCCGUCCCCGCCCCGCGGCCGGCGCAACUUGCGACCGCUGGCCGCCGCGCGGAGGCGCGGCGAGGCAGCUGAAGCGGAGGAGCAGGGCGCGAUGGGAGCUUUGGUGGACGACACGGUGCGGCUCAUGAAGGAGAUGCACGUCACGGAAGCCUUUAGCGGACUGAAUCUAACCGCCGUAACGGCCAUGGUGAAUGACAACGUCGCCAAGGUGAACGAAAUUCUCGAGCCCAUGGAGAUAGUCGCUUUCGACGAAGACGACCUCGGACACCCCGACAGUACUAGAGACAAAAACGGCAACUACACGCGGUCCUCUGGAGGUGGUAUCAAGCGGUACGAUCGAAUGGCUUCUUCGAAAGAUGACGACUCGAGUUCCGCCGGUUCUGCUGCGGGGAACCGUGAUGGCGGAAAGAAGGAAGAAGAGGAGGAAAAAAGCCUUUUUUCGCUAGUUGGCGACUUUGCUUUUGACGUUGGAGCGGCGGUAGGCGAGUACGCCGGAGAGACAAUGACGGCGCCGACGAACAAAGGUGAGAUGAAUGUUUCGAAAGAUUCCACCACAACGAAAAAUGUGGCGUCGCUCAUCCCAUUUCACGGGGAGAACAUUGUCAAGCUCGAAAAGAAGAGCAGUAACCCGCAAACAACUGGGCCUGUGGUGGUGCUAUCCGCGUUGCCGUCGUUCUUGGAAAUGGACCGAGACAACAAGGAGAUGCCGGAUCUGCCAGCAGGCGCUGCUGCGCAUUCAGAAGAACAGGGGGCCCUGUUUUCUACUAUUCAGUUUUUAGAGCAACCGACGCCUACAGAUGAUGCCCCAGGAGUGGGAACGAGAACAGGAACACCGCCCCCGGGGGCGGCGGGUGGCGCCGACGCAGCUGCAUCCGCGGCCGCUCAACCCGCCGCAACGAGGCGGAGUCUCGCAAAUGCAGUAGAUGAAGACAUUUCAGCGCGCGGCACAACCGGGAGUGGUGGCACGGGCGCGCGGCGGAUUUUGGCGCAGGGUUUGAACAAUAGUAACCGACCGAGUUUGAGCCUCCCGCUCAACCAGCGCACCGGUCAUCGCAGAUCGCAAACUUUUAGAAUUCCGAGCAGCAGCACCAAUUUGUAGUAAGUACGCAUUUAUCAUUGUUCAUCUCCCGACAUGGAGUAGGAGUAGGAGUACGCGCACGCAGUUAGUAAGUACGCAUUUUUUGUUCUUCCUGAGUACAAAUUCUGCCGAAGAUAAUGGCACGGCAUAACGCAUUAGAUUUUGUUUAUUUCGUACAAGCGAAGUUCAGAGUG